AUGGUUUCUGCUACCCCAUUAGAGAUGGCGUAUAACCCAAUACCGUUUGAUCAUACUUAUAUUUUAUACGACCCGAAUGAUUUAAUAUCAAUGGCUUCAGUUCAAAUGACGCUUUUACCGAUAUAUAUUAUGGUGUUCUAUACCGCCUGGUUCUUGAUUACUCGAGAAAUUGAGCCAGUGGUAAUAGUUGGUGGGCAUUUAAUUGGUGAAGUCGCUAACAAAGUCAUUAAAAAGGUUAUUAAACAACCAAGGCCAGAUUUUCAUAAAGAUUUCGGUAGUGGGUCGUAUAGUUUGUCUUUUGGUAUGCCGUCUGCACAUUCUCAGUUCAUGGGAUUAUUUGGAGCAUAUUUUGUAUGUAUCUUCUUGUUCAGGAUGUAUCAUCUAACGCGCUUACAGAGGCAAUUCGGCUGUUUAGUGUUGGUGGUAUCUUCUACAGCAGUUGCAUUUUCAAGAGUUUAUUUAUUGUAUCAUACCAUUCCGCAAGUGAUUGUUGGUAUUUUGUUCGGCACUUUCCUAGGCAUUUUCUAUUUCAUUUUAACUUCGAUUGCUAGAGAGGUUGGUAUCGUGGAUUGGGUGUUAAAUUGGCCUAUUGUAAAGUAUUUUUAUGUCAAAGAUUCAUAUUUUCAUUGCUAUCAAACAUUUGAAGAUGAAUACGGUUCAUAUCUAAGACGUAAAAAUGCCCGUUAA